UUUUGCGUGCACCUGAUCACAACGCGUCGCGACCAUCCACCUUAACAUCUCCCAGCCCGGCUUAACUGUUCGACAUGUCGUUGUUUGGCGGUCAGCCUGAGAAGAAGACCGGAACGCUCUUCGGGAGCACAUCUGCACCACCCGGGGGUCUUUUCGGUCAGUCGCAGCCACAGACAACUCAGCAGCAAAACUCCAGCGGUCUCUUCGGUGCAUCGCAACCCGCAAGUACCGGCGGUGGUCUUUUUGGUGGUGCGCAAUCGACAAAUACUGGCGGCAGUACUUUUGGUGGUGCGCAGCCUGCCAAUGCCGGCAGCAGCCUAUUUGGAGGAGCGCAGCAGCAACAGCAAACCGGGGGCUUGUUCGGACAACCUCAGCAGCAACCUCAGCAGCAGCAGCAGCAGCAGCAGCAGCAGCAAAGUACGGGGGGACUGUUUGGCCAAAGUCAGGCUCAACAGCCACAACCGAAUCUGAGUAACAGUCUCUUCGGUGGACGGCUACAACCAGCGCCUACUCUUACUGCAGCUCAGGCGCAACAAUUGCAGCAAAGCCAACAAGGCCUUCCUCAGCUAAGGCAAAGCACGAAAGAUUCGUGGGCGAGUGGAUCUUUGAGUGGCCAAAGAGAAAAGUCUGUCCCAGAGCAAAUUAAGACCAUUUUCAAUAAGUGGGAUCCUACUAGCCCGGAAUGUGUGUUCCAAUACUACUUCUACAAUUCAGUCAAUCCAGACGAAGCGGCGUUCUACGGUCCCUCUCCUUACGAAGAUGAGCGCAAAUGGGAGGAAGCACUUGCGAAGAAGCCUAGCCCUGGCUACAUACCCGUCCUUGUGCGUGGAUUUGAGGAGAUAGCAGCGCGGAUCCAGUACCAAAGCUUAGCGGUCACCGGAUUGCGCACACGACUACACGAGAUAAACAAUAGUCUGUCACUUAUGAAGGACCAGCACGAACUGAACGUGACACAACGGAUAUCCGAGGCGAGGAGGAAACACAUCGUACACACCCAGCGAAUCCUGACCCUUGCGACAAAGGUACAGAUUCUGAGGAACCGUGGCUAUGUCAUGGACCAAGCGGAAGAAGAGCUUAAGAAGAAACUUGUGGAACUCGAAAAGAAGACCUUUGACCCUGUCCUCGGAGGUCGACAAGAAGAAAUCUGGGCGCGCAUGUCUGGAGUGCGAGAGCGUGCGCAUAUAUUAGAGAAAGAAACAGAGCGAUUAGGCAAAGCGGUCGACGGUCAGCAAGAGUCUGAGGUUCUCUCGGAGUCCGAUUUGCAGUCUCUGGAUAAAAUUCUCAAAGAUUACGAUAGACAACUCACGCAUCUCAAGAAAGAGACAGACGAGCUGGCUACAGAGUAUGAGGAAUGGGAGAAGGCGGAGAAGGAGCGAAAGCCGCCCACAAGGUCUUCUACCAUGAGAAGAUAA